UCAAAGGUAAUGGAACGUGAACAUGGCUCUAAUAUCAGUAGUGGCGAACUGUAGUAAUUAUGUCACUUGACUAUGACGGAGCGUUUUUAUCGAUAAUGUAAACAUAAACUAAACUUGUGGUUUGGUACCCAAUUUAGGUUACGAUUCCAUUUAAUAUUAUUCCAAUUGAUUCAUGAAGUGGACGGACAGGUGUAAUGAUUACAAUUUCGAUUAAGGUUAAGAUGCAAAGUCUCGCUUCGACACCCAAAGCUCAGAGAAGGAAGAACAGUUGAGACCGACUAUGAAUUUCAACCAUAAUUUUACGAAUGAAAACAUUUCAAGAACAAAUUUAACAACUUCAGACGGAGACCACGAUCAGCAGUUCCCUGAUCCCGUACGCGUGUCUGGGAUCUUAGCCAACUUUGCCUUGAAUGCGCCUUUAUCUGCUGCGGCAAUUUUGGGGAAUACAGCAAUUAUUUACUCGAUAUGGUACAACAGCUCCUUGCGUUUGCCAUCCCAUAUCCUUCUACUUGGCCUCACUCUGUGUGAUUUUGGAGUCGGUUUACUGGUGCAACCUCUUUAUAUUAUCUACCAGACUUUUUACAUCGUUAAUUUGCGGAAGACGUGGGUGCAGGCCAUGAUAGUGUUCAACGUCUUGUCCAACAUGCUCUGCUGUGUCUCAUUCCUCACAACGACGGCAGUGAGUAUAGAUAGAUAUCUUGCAGUUUACCUCCAUUUACGUUAUCGAAGGAUUGUCACAGUCGGGCGAGUUGUGAAGCUUCACGUUGGAUUAUGGCUCUUCUCCGCUGUCCUCGCCUCCACUAUUGUUUGGAACGUCACAAUAACAUUUUUCGCUGCACUCCUUAUUAUAUCACUGUGCUUGUUAACUACGUUCACGGUUUAUCUGAAGAUUUACUCAGUCGUGCGAGGCCAUCGUAGAGCCAUACACCAACAGCAAAACCAGCAACGUGCGAGAACACUGCAUCAGGCGAAAACAACCCUGAGUAUGUUUUACAUCUGUCUGAUCCACGCUCUUUGUUAUCUUCCAUAUUUUGUGUUUCUUAUUCUUAGAGAUGCCUACAAGCUCACUACGUUUACAUACUUAGGAACAGAGUUUGCUCAAACAAUUGUGUUCCUCAACUCUGCUCUAAAUCCUUUAUUAUACUGCUGGAGACUUUCUUACUUUCGCGAAGAAGUCAAAAGAUCGCUCUCAAGUUGUUGUUCUUUCUCGUAGAAUUGUGUUUCUUACCAAACCGCAAAUUACAAACAAUAAAAGCCAAAACGAUGAAGUAAA